CGGUGCGUUAGCGCCUCGAAGCGCGCCCCCUACCGCGGAGUAGGCGCGGAACAGUUACGCUCUGGGCCCGAAGGGCAUUUAUUGAGCGCCCACAGAAUGCCCGCGCUGCACUGCGUGCCACCACUUCGGCUAGCGCGCGGGGAAUCCCCGUCUCCAAGGGCCCGGUCUUACGCACGCCCGCAGCCGCCCGGGCCCGGGUCUGAGCGCUGGAUGACGUGGGCUCUGCAGGGAGAGGGGCGCGCGGCGGGCCGGUAGGGGGCGCGGCGGGCCGGACCGGGCGGGGCCGGGCGGGGCCGGGCGGAGCGGGGACCGGACCCAGCGACGCGCACCCUCCGCGGUCCGCAGAUGGCGGCGCCGGGCGCGGGGCCCGGGCCGGGGCCGCCACCGGGGCUGGAGGCGGCCCUGCAGAAGCUGGCGCUGCGGCGGAAGAAGGUGCUGAGCGCCGAGGAGAUGGAGCUGUUCGAGCUGGCGCAGGCGGCGGGCGGCGCCAUGGACCCCGACGUGUUCAAGAUCCUGGUGGACUUGCUGAAGCUAAACGUGGCGCCCCUCGCAGUCUUCCAGAUGCUCAAGUCCAUGUGCGCCGGGCAGAGGCUGGCGAGCGAGCCCCAGGACCCCGCGGCGGCGCCCCUGCCCACGCCCGGCGUGCCUGAGACCCGAGCGGCCUCCUUUCUCUCUGCCGAGAACUGUACCCCCCCCGCAAGGCCCUCCUUUUCCUCGGCCCUGCAGCCUGCGGCCUCUCCAGUUCUGCUCCACGGCCCAGCUGCCUCGCACUCGCCUCUUUCUCCGGGGCCCCCCGGUUCCCUCCGGUUCUCUUGCUGCCUGUUCUCUCCUUUUGCAGGGAGAAACAAAGGCAGUGGUGCCCUUGGCGGAGGCCCGGCGCUGCCAGAGCGCGGCAUCCGGGAAGGAUCCAGCCAGAGGAUGCCCCGCCAGCCCAGCGCCACCAGGCUGCCCAAGGGGAGCGGGCCGGGGAAGAGCCCCACGCGGAGCAACACCUGAGCAAGAGGAUUCGCAUGGGCCCACCACGGGCUGCCAGCCUCUCAGACAGGCUGCUCCUCCCGUUGGUAAUAAACCUCUUUGAAAACCUGA